CCCCUUCUUCUCUCCUCUCCCUCCAUAGCUCUCUCUCUAUCUCCCCCCACUCUGUAUUGAGUUCACUGACUUUUGCCUGGCACUCAGCCUCCCACCCCCUUCUUGGCAGCUGGUGGCUGCCCUGGGCCUAAAGUCCUCAAGACUUGAGUUCAAAUGUGGCCUCAGACACUUAUCAUCCUGAUGACCCUGAGCAAGUCAUUUCACCUUUUCUGUCUCCAUCACAUAAGAGCACCUACCUCCGAGGGUGGUUGUGAGGACCCAAUGAGCUAACGUUUGUAAAGCCUGGCAUACAGCAGGUAUGGACCCCCAACCCCCUCCGCCAGCCCCAGGUGCCUCUCCUCGGGGUCGGGGCCGGGGUCGGGGCCGAGGCCGGGGCCGGGGCCGGGGCCGAGGCGGUGGUGCAGCUCCCAGGGCCCCCCUGCCCUGUCCCACCUGUGGUCGCCUGUUCCGCUUCCCCUACUACUUGUCCCGCCACCGGCUCAGCCACUCGGGCCUGCGCCCCCAUGCCUGCCCCCUGUGCCCUAAAGCCUUCCGCCGGCCGGCCCACCUGGCCCGGCACCUGCGGGGCCACGGCCCUCAGCCACCUCUGCGCUGUGCGGCCUGUCCGCGCACUUUCCCGGAGCCGGCUCAGCUGCAGCUCCAUCUGGCCCAGGAGCACGGUGGCGGUGGGGAGCCAGUGGGGGCCGCGGUGCCGGGGAGCCAGGAGCCCGUGGUGGAGCCGACCCCGGCCUCAGGGCCUGUGGAGGGUGCUCAGGAGGAAGAGGCUGAGCUGGCGCGGGCAGCGGCCGGCCGUGGGGAAGAGAAGGAGGUCCUGCUGCAGGCCGACUGGACCCUUCUGUGUCUGCGCUGCCGAGAGGCCUUCCCCACCAAGGGGGAGCUGAAGGCCCACCCGUGCCUGCGGAGCUCGGGGGGCCGGGCGGGCCCCGAUGGGGAGCCGGGGCCCCCUCCACGGCCCAAGCGCCACCAGUGUCCCGUGUGCCUCAAGGCGUUCGCCAGGCCCUGGUCACUGUCCCGUCACCGGCUCGUCCACUCCCCAGACCGGCCGUUCGCUUGUCCAGACUGCGGCCUGGCCUUUCGCCUGGCCUCCUACCUCCGGCAGCACCGGAGGGUCCACGGAGCCCUGAGCCUGCUGGCGCCGGCCCCUUCUAGGGCUGACAAGGAGGAGAGGGCUGUGGGCGGCGCCUCCAAGGGAUGGAACUUUGCCAAGGGGGCAGAAUCCCAGGGGCAGAAUGGAGAGGAUGGGGGCGGCCCAGAAGGAGAGCGGGCCUCGGGUCCCGGGCCCGGGGACGAGCCGCCGCCGCCCCCUCCACCACCCGUGGAGCCCCGUUUCCGAUGCCCAGAGUGCGGCAAAGGCUUCCGGCGGCGGGCCCACCUCCGCCAGCACGGCGUCACCCACUCCGGAGCCCGGCCCUUCCAGUGUGUCCGCUGCCAGCGGGAGUUCAAGCGACUAGCAGACCUGGCCCGCCACGCCCAGGUGCACGCCGGGGGCCCUGCCCCACACCCCUGCCCCCGGUGCCCCCGCCGCUUCUCCAGGGCCUAUAGCCUCUUGCGGCAUCAGCGGUGUCACCGGGCCGAGAUGGAAGGAGCCAUGAGCAGGGCAGCGGCCCCUGUGGAGGAUCCAGCCCCGGCUCAGGUGGAGCCGGUGGAGGCCCCCCCUUCUCCUCCCUCCCCCUCUCGGACCCCUCCGCCAGCCCCUGCAUACCUCAGCGCCUCCUGCUUUGACAGUCAGGACCACUCAGCCUUUGACCUGGAGGAGGAGGAAGAGGGGGGCCCAGGGGGGGCAGGGAGGGUGACCUCCUGACCCUCAGAAGCCCCAAACUUGUUUUCUGGCCACCCCGACCCACCCUGGCCCCCCUCUGAAAUGAAACCCACCCUUUAGGUUCCAACAGCGGAAGAAAGAGCGAGGUUGAGGUGGGGGUGUCUCCCUGGGGAGAACCCCAACACCCUCCCCCUCCCUUGCAGGAUAGAUCCCCUACCCCACAUUCACCCGGAGUCCCCCCCCUCUUGCCACCACCAGGAUGACAGGUUGGGUCCACAUUCCAGCCGCAGUAAAUUAUGGGGAAAUGUGAAUCUUCUGGUUCCCAGGGGGUCUGCCCCCCCUGCUGGCCUCCUCGCGCCCCUCUGCCCCGCUUCUGGUGCCUGAUCCUUCCAGGCUGCUUGUCUGCAGAGACAAGGGGGUCCCAAGGUAUGGGCUGGGGGUGGAUGUGGCUGUUCCCUGUUCCCCUUGUCUGUCUAUGAAUAAAUACGACUGUGGAGCCCAGA